AUGUCUGGCAGAGGCAAGGGCGGGAAGGGGCUUGGCAAGGGCGGCGCCAAGCGCCACCGCAAAGUGCUGCGCGACAACAUCCAGGGCAUCACCAAGCCCGCCAUCCGCCGCCUGGCUCGGCGCGGCGGCGUCAAGCGCAUCUCGGGGCUGAUCUACGAGGAGACGCGCGGCGUGCUGAAGGUGUUCCUGGAGAACGUGAUCCGCGACGCCGUCACCUACACGGAGCACGCCAAGAGGAAGACGGUCACUGCCAUGGACGUGGUCUACGCCCUCAAGCGCCAGGGACGCACCCUCUACGGCUUCGGCGGCUAAAUCCUUUCGCUCCCGGAUCACCUCGAGAAACGAACCCAAAGGCUCUUUUAAGAGCCACCCACUUCUUCCUAUGAAAGGGCUGUGUUGCUUUGUAUUUGUUUGUUCUGGCUUUAUAAGCCAUUCCCUUCGCAUGCUCCCGCUCUUUGAGCACCCGUCUUUUUCCAUGUAAGU